UUAUUUAAAAAACAUUGUUCGCAUGUGUUCACAGUAUUUUUGUCGAAUAUUUAUUAUACAGAAUUUUACAUAGUUUUGUGUCUCAAUUACUGUGGUCUGGCUUCAGCUUCAUUUAAUGAAAUGUGUAUAUAGAGUUCAGUGGUGUCACCUUCAGUCUUGAUUUCAAGAUGGCGUCAAAAAGACCUGAAAAUAGCGGUCCUCCAGAACUUUUUUACAACGAGAAAGAAGCGAGAAAAUAUACUUGUAAUUCUAGGAUAAUCGAUAUUCAGGUUUCUCUCGCUGAAAGAACCUUAGAAUUAUUGGGUAUGACCGACGAAGAACCGAAAUUUUUGCUUGAUAUUGGUUGUGGUUCAGGUUUAAGUGGUGAUGUGAUAUCUCAGGCUGGGCAUUAUUGGGUUGGAUUUGAUAUAAGUAAAGCAAUGUUAGACGUCGCUAAAGAAAGAGAAGUUGAAGGAGAUACUAUUUUACAUGAUGCCGGACAAACCUUACCUUUUCGUCCUGGAUGUUUUGACGGCUGUAUUUCUGUGUCAGCUUUACAAUGGCUAUGUACGUCAAACAAGAAGACAGAUAAUCCUGUCAAACGUCUUUACACUUUCUUUUCUUCAUUAUACGCAUGUAUUACGCGUGGCAGUAAAGCUGUAUUCCAAUUCUAUCCAGAAAAUCCACAGCAAAUGGAGCUUGUUACAACGCAAGCAUUGAGGGCUGGUUUUACUGGUGGUAUUGUUGUUGAUUAUCCCAAUAGCAGCAAAGCUAAGAAAAUCUUUCUGUGUCUUUUUACUGGUGGAAACACGACUUCCCUCCCUCAGGGACUGGGACUAGGAUCAAACAUUUCACUGAGCAACCAAAUAAGUUUCUCUCAUAAGAGAGAGCAUUUAAAUAAACCACAGUGGGGUAAAGGACCUAAGAAAAGCAAAGAAUGGAUUGAAGCAAAGAAGGCAAGGAGACGUAAACAGGGAAAGGACACUCGACAUGACUCCAAGUACAGUGGACGUAAAAGAAGACCUCAAUUUUAGUUGUAAACAAUAUUUGUUUUUUGCUAAUGUAGAAUUUCAUAUUGUGGAUGUGCCAAUAAAAUAUUGUUUGAAAUGUGUGAAAAAA